CUCAGCCAAUGGGAGGCCAGGAAGUUAUUACCGUGUCAGUGGGUGUGAUCCCGUAGAAGGAAGCGUUGCCGAACAAUAUAUCAAAGUUUUAAGGAUGGCAGACAAGACCGUGGAUGGUGGGCCAUGGACAGGAUGUGCGGUUAUGUUUCUGCAGUCGCUCUGUCCUGGUGUGAACCUGCUCUCUCUCUACAAAGACCGAGAACAGGGAAAGUUCAUCGUUUUUAAAGUCAUCAAGCUGACACUUACAGAUUCUGCAGGAGGUCUGGGUGGUUAUGAGAUACUUAAGGUCCAUGACGCUGAUCCCUUUCUGGGGGUGGAGGUGAAGUUUGAGGAUGUGGCAGCAUGUCAGCAGUUCCUUGAGAGCUACAGCUCUGGAGCGGUGCGUCAGUCCCUCUCGCAACACGCAUGCCGGCUUCUUGCACUCCCCCAAGAGUUCACAGUGGAAACUCAGCUCAAGGCCAGCACUCACAUCCUGGAUCUCUAUCUGGACAAGCUGGAGCUUUGCCUGCAGCACAUCCACCUGUCACAGCCGGAGCGCCUGCGCGAUGAGGAGAUUGAUCAUCUGGAGCAGCAGCUGCAGACUCAGGCCCUCCGCCCAGCCCCACAGUCGACCCCUGUCCCACAGGAAGAGUCUCCCGUCCCCAGCAACUGCUUCAAAUUUCAGAAUAAAGUCUUUGAGGACCGAAUGCUGACGGCGACAGAUGUUCAGAGCUUUUCUAACGGAGUGGGCCGUCAGUGGAAGCAUGUAGGGAGGGCCUUGGGGAAGGGCUGCCGGGCUUUGAAGGGUCCGGCCAUAGACAACCUGGCCUACGAGUAUGAGAGAGAAGGCCUGUAUGAGCAAGCCUAUCAGCUGCUCAGCCGCUUCAUCCAGGCGGAGGGCAGAGCGGCCAAGCUGAGCCGGCUGGUCAAAGCACUGGAGGACUGCAAACUCACCGGCCUGGCUGAAAAUAUUCUGGACAUACAGCCACGAGAGUAACUCUGUGUGCUUUUGUUUCGUGUGUACGCAUCGUGAAAACUGAGGAGCAGUUGACUCUGUCCUGCCUGCUUUUACAGUAUGUUUAUUGAUUGACUGACACUGUCAUUCAAAAUCAUUCCUGUGUGUGUGUGUGUGUGUGUGUGUGUGUGUGUGUGUGUGUGUGUGUGUGUGUGUGUGUGUGUGAGAGAGACACGUGUUUCAGACAGGUCAUGUGAACACAUGCUAAGAAUUGAUUCAUAUCUUGAUUUGCUUUUUAGUUUUGUUGUUUUCAUUUAGAGGAAAUGAUCUGUCAUCACUGUUUAAAAGAUAUACUGUAUUGAGUUUAAUGCACUGUUUAAACCUCUUUCGUUUGUGCUUUAUAAGUCAAUUUACAGAUGAAGCCUUCCACAACUGAAGGUUAUUGUUUUUUUUUUUUCUACAAAAUGGGUGCAAACAAAUUAAAUGGUUGUAAAAAACAAAAAAGUCUUUUAUGUUU